CUCCGGGCGUCCCUCGCAGCUCGCCGGCCCGCUCCGGGUUCACACGGACCGCGGACACGCUCGUGUGCACCGGGCGUCGCCGCCACGCCGUCCGCUGCUGUGUCGCAGUCGGGGGUUCUUCAGAGGAGUGACGGAGAUGUGAGGCGGCGGAGGAGGUCAGGAGGCGGCGACAGCGGCGCCAUGGAGGCGGGGGAAUGCGGCGGCAACUCGUCCUGCCUCGCCGGCGCCGGCUCCACGCAGCUGCCCUACACCGAGUACAGCCUGCGGCCGGAGACGUACGUGAUCCCGGUCGUGUUCGCGCUCAUCUUCGUCGUCGGCGUGGUGGGCAACGGGACCCUGGUGCUCAUCUUCCUGCGGCACGGCAACAUGCGCAACGUGCCCAACACGUACAUCUUCAGCCUGGCGCUGGGCGACCUGCUGGUCAUCGUCACGUGCGUGCCCUUCACGUCCACCGUGUACACCGUGGAGUCGUGGCCCUUCGGCGAGUUCGUCUGCAAGCUCAGCGAGAGCGCCAAGGACGUGAGCAUCGGCGUGUCCGUGUUCACGCUGACGGCGCUCAGCGGCGACCGCUACUUCGCCAUCGCGGCGCCCAUGAGGCGGCACCGCGGGGGCGGCGGGGGCGGCCACCCGGCCACGCGCUUCACCGUCGCCGUGGCGGCGCUGGUGUGGCUGCUGGCGCUGCUGUGCGCCGCCCCCGCCGCCGUCAACUCCUACAUCAAGCCCUUCAACGUGACGGAGAACUUCACCCUGGAGGUGUGCUACCCGUUUCCCGACUCGCUGGGGCGGUACUACCCGGCGGGCGUGGUGACGGCCAAGUUCUUCGUGUACUACCUGGUGCCGCUGGGCAUCAUCGCGCUGUUCUACUCGCUGAUGGCGCGCCACCUGAUCCUCAGCACGCGCAACAUGCCGGGCGAGAUGCAGGGCCAGGCGCGCCAGGUGCGCGCGCGCCGCAAGGUGGCCAAGACGGUGCUGGUGUUCGUCAUCGUGUUCGCCGUCUGCUUCUUCCCGCAGCACGUGUUCAUGCUGUGGUUCUACUACAACCCCGACUCGGACCGCCAGUACGACGACUUCUGGCACGUGUUCCGCAUGGUGGGCUUCUGCCUCGGCUUCAUCAACUCGUGCGUGAACCCCAUCGCGCUGUACUGCGUCAGCGGCGCCUUCCGCAAGCACUUCAACAGGUACCUGCUGUGCUGCGCGUGGCUGAGGACCCCAAGAAGCAGGGGCUCCCCGGCGGGGCAGGGUCACCGCGCGUCUUGCAGCCGCACCAGCAGCCGCAGACGCCCCGGGUCCCUCACGUCGUCGGUGCGCAGGGAGCGCCUGUGCGCCGUCAACUACAAGAGCAACUGGGACUCGACGGCGCUCACGCUGCUGCACGCCAACAACGGCCGCCCACGCCACGACGAGCCCAGCGCCACCUCCUUCGUGAACGGCGGCACCUUGUCCGACAUCAUCAACGCCAAGUCCUAGUCUGCCCAACCGCGCGACCUCGCUGGGACCCCGUUCCCCGCCGGGCCUUGCCGCGACCUGCCGUCUCCUUGACCCACGUGCUCCCACUGCGGCGGUGCUCGUGUCUCCUGGACACGAGGUGCCGGCCUUCGGCACUCGGCACGACUCCUGCGACUGUGCUAGUGUCUCCUAGACUCGAGGUGCUGGCCUUCGGCACUCGGCACGACCCCUGCGACUGUGGUCCUGAGGCAAACAUUGGCAGGACGCUCGCUCACUCUGUCGUGUUAUUGUAACAGCGAAUGUUUUCUUCACUUCACUCCCGAGUGUUUACAUAAUAAAGAUCGUCUCACACCUCGGUCGCUAUCGUGAUUCUGGAAGAGAUGUUCAUCGACUGAUGCUCAUUUACGGCCCCUUUACAAAUCCUUUUUAGAGAGAUCUUUCUCUUUUCUUUGGAGGACAUGGCUAGAGCAACCAGCAAGCAUGCACAAAGAAUAAAUAAUGUUCUUCAGUUGCUUAGCUCAAACGACGACUUUCUGUGACAUGUCGAUUUCUAAAGCAAAUUACAAACAUUAGAGUUCAAAUAUUGUUAUUGCCACUAGUUGUAAUGUAAAUGUAGGCACUCACGCUUGCGUCGAAUCAUCAAAUUUCUCUUACCUACAAGGACAUAAUACUUAGAGCCUGUGUAAAUUGCUUUUGUGUAAACCCGUGUGUUUUGCGCUGUUAUGGACAAAUGUAUUCACAUGCAAAAGUAAGAUGAUAAUUCAGGUCGACUAGUUAUAUGAUAGAUGUAAGAUUACAUCUGUUACCCUUACAAACUAGUUUUAAAAAAAAAAUUGCUGCGGGAAUCCAUUCAAGAAUUGUGAUUGUCCUGUCGCCAUGGGUCCAGGUGUGAGCACAUCAGGUUGCUUAUGUCCGUGUUUACAGGGUCCUUCUGAAUACUGAUAGUCUCUUCUGCUGAUGUGAACCUGCAUUGUGGAUGAGAUCAUCCUCUCUUGGUGUCUCUACUCAACUCCAGGAACAAGUGACCGUCGAGGAAUGUACAUUUGGGCUGGACAAAUCGAUGGACUCGUACCUUUACUCAAACUGGAAUGUCGGCUGUGUCUCAUUCAUCAAUACGUGUGUGUUUAUUUUCACAUGAUUAAGCUGUGCAUUCAGUAGCUUAAUGUGCGCACGUGGCUUUAAUGUUAUCCUCAUUAUUAGGACAAGUUGAAAACCUAACCAAGCGAAUAAAGCCCAGAAUAUAAAGAAAUUAUUUUUAGAAGAGUUCAUUUUUCGCAUGCACAAACAUCAGACCAAGCACUUCAAGAGCUGAUUGUGACGAGGACAGCAUAAAUACUUAACUUUCGCCUAAACGUCACAAAUGACCACUGAGCUACCAUGGGUUAUAUAAACAUUAAUUCGAUAAAGUCAAUUUUACCGUUUCAACAAAUCACUCUGUAAAGUAAAAAAGGACAUAUCAAGUACAAGAAUUAAUUUUAUUUUGGCUAAAGUAACAUAUGCUACAAGUAUUUAGAGUAGUGGUAAAUACAAUUUGUAAGCUAUGGCCACAACGACCAAAAAUAUGUCAGUCUGAGUGUUUUUUUCUGUGCCAUUCUUGCAAACCUAUGUUCGCAAAAUUGUGUAAGUUAUAACAAGUGGAAACUAACACAAAGUAAGUUUUCUUGUUUUAAAAUGUGUUAAAUGUAUUUGUCUGUUAUCACUUUUGAAGUUUGCCUUGAUGUAGAUAGCUUCACUUCGAUGAAUUUACUUCUUUGUAUAUAUAUGUAUAUAUCUUGGAGGUGCAUCAAUAAAUUUGUUUGUAUUGUG